AUGCGCGAAGUUUACGAAGAGUUCCAGGAACGCGAACGCUUCCUUGAAAGUCAGGGCUACACUGUAGAGGUGAAAUGGAGUUGUGAGUGGCUCAAAGAACGACAAGAUCCCGAUAUUGCCGCAUUUCUGCUGAAUAUGAACAUUCGUGAGCCAAUGAAUCCUCGUGACGCCUUCAAAGGAGGCAGGACGAAUGCUAGUCGUUUGUACUACCAAGUGAAGGAUGACGAAGAAAUUAGGCACUAUGACGUUGUUAGCUUGUACCCAUUCGUGAACAAGACUAAGGCAUACCCGGUCGGCCAUCCUGAAGUAAUCGUAUCCAAUUUCAAGGAUGCCAAAGAUUAUUUUGGACUGGUCUACUGCAAAGUAGCGGCUCCGAAUCAAUGCCUGUAUCCAGUCUUACCGGCCACAAUAAACGGCAAGCUUAUGGUUUGGGCGACACCCGAGCUACAUCAUGCCAUCGAUGUGGGGUAUCGUGUUGUGGAAAUGUAUGAAGUGUGGCACUGGACGCAGUCUGACACCAAACUCUUUGCGGCAUACAUGGACAAGUUUUUAAAAGUGAAAAUGGAAGCCAGUGGUUGGCCUGCGUGGUGCGAUUCCGAUGAAAAGAAAACCAAGUUUAUUCAGACGGUUAGAGAACGCGAAGGCAUUUCCUUGGAUCCUGAUGCUAUGGUUUUCGAUGCUGGAAAGAAAAGCACUACCAAGAUUGUGGUGAACAGUCUUUGGGGUAAAACCGGUCAAAGUUGCGAUAUGAACUCAACGGAGUUUGUCUACGACCCCAAACGGUAUUCUGAUCUGUGUCGUUCAAAAGCUAUUGAAAUACAUGAUGUGUAUGGCGUAAGCCCAACGUGUCUAAUGGUAACACACUCGAAAGUGGAUGACUACAAUGAAGGUAGCAACGGUACGAAUGUUGUCAUUGCCGCCUUCACCACCAGCCAUGCGCGACUUAUACUGUUAUCCCUCAUGGAAAAGUUGGGCGAGCGCCUCCUGUACUACGACACGGAUUCCGUCAUAUUCAUUCACCGACCUGGCGACUGGCUUCCUGAUACCGGCAGUAUUCUUGGGGACUGGGAUAACCAGCUAGAAGCUGGCGAGAAUCAUAUCGUCAAAUUUGUUUCGUGUGGUCCAAAAGUGUACAGCUACGAAACCAAUACGGGGCGCAUUGAGUUGAAAGUGAAAGGGAUGAUGCAGAACGGAUUUACGGAAGAUAUUCUGGAUUGGGACUCGGUCACGAAGGAGCUGACGCGGACUGGAAAAGCCUUGGAUUUUAACCAGCUGAAGCGGUUACUGGAUGGUGUGGAUGGGCAUGUGCAGGUUGUAUAUCCAGAAUACAUCAAACGAAAUGGAAAAACCCAAGAAAUUAAUACUGUUCAGUUGGCUAAAAAAUUGAAGCUUGUUUACGACAAGCGCAUCAUGUUAGAUGAUUUUACAACGCUGCCUUUUGGCACGCGAUAA